GGACCCCUUCGGCAUGGACGAGUGUUCCUAUGAAGCCGUUGUUUAGUGCUAGUCCCUACGCUGCGAAAGUAUCGGGCAGUAGGAGAUAGUAAUUGUUAGCCAGGAUGAUCUUUGGAAGACAGUCUAGGCAGAGUGGCCCCUUGUCUGCAUCGAGUGGAUUUUGGGCAAAUUAUGGUGGAUGAAGUGUGUUUACUUCGUCUGCAGACAGUUUGUUGGCAGCCUUUUCAAGCUGGCCUUCACUAGUUAUUGACAUGUGCCUUGGCCUGCAGCCAUGGUGGUGUGCAUGCUCGUACGCGGCGGGCAUUGCUGCAUCAUGUUGUGGUGUAGAUUCAGAGCGCGUGCUGCUCAUGGGUGUUACCCAUGAAGUUACCUUCAAAUCAAUUAACCCAGGACGAAAGUCUCUGACGGGCACACUUUCAAGGGUUACUCUUUGGUCGUGUUUCCCAUCAGAGCCUACAUGUUGCUUUGUCAAGUAUAGCAGUAUGUAGCAAUGCAUUUCAUUGUAAAAAA